CCCCACCCCCCUUUUUUUUUUACUUUAUUCCACCAUGAACCAAGAUGCUCAAAUAUUCAAUGAUAACCAACAAUAUCUUCAUGACCAAUACCUGAGUUCACAUAUACCCGAAAUACCUACCAAGAAGGAAGAUAUACCUAUCAAUACACCUGAAAAGAAAGAAUCACUCAACUGGGCUCAUCCUAGAUUUUGUAUGAGUCAAUUUCAGCUCUAUGAAACCAAGACUCGAUACUAUCUAGUUGGAACUAAUGAAGCCAAACAACGGUAUCGUGUACUUCAAAUCCAUAGAACGAAUCCUACCGAACUUGUUGUAAUUGAAGACGAUGUGCUCUAUACAGAACAAGAAAAAACGCGAUUACUCAAAAUGAUUGAGGACGGUAAUCUCAGUGUAGGUGGACUUCAACUGUCUUCUAUGCGUAUCUAUGGCAUUGUAGGUUUUGUUCGAUUCACACAAGGUUGGUACAUGAUCUUCAUUACAAAGAGACGCCAAGUAGCCAUGUUGGGUGGUCAUUAUAUCUAUCAUAUUGAUGAAACACGCCUUGUGCCUAUUGGUCUUGGUGCUAAAAUUGACAAGAAUUCAGAUGAAGCACGCUAUGUAGCUACUUUUCAGAACAUUGAUCUAGCCAAAAACUUUUAUUUUUCAUACACCUAUGAUAUUACCAACUCACUUCAAAACAACUUGACACAACCACCCUUAGCGAACAAACAAGACACAGACAAAGAUGAUCCAGGACUGCUGCAUAAUGACAUGUUUGUCUGGAACCAUUAUUUGCUUAGUUCUGGGUUUAAGAAUUUAGACAGCCGAUCAGGAUGGGUCUUGCCCUUGAUUUAUGGGUUUGUAGAUCAAGCCAAGAUAUCUGUAUUUGGCAGGAGUAUCAUGGUAACCUUGAUUGCCAGAAGAUCAAGGUAUUUUGCAGGAGCUCGGUUCCUUAAGCGAGGUGUGAACGAUAAGGGAUUCGUGGCCAAUGAUGUCGAAACAGAACAAAUUGUGGCAGACAUGUCCACGACUUCAUUUCAUUCCACAGAUUAUUUGCAUGGCAAUCCUCGCUAUACGUCUUAUGUUCAACACAGAGGGUCUAUUCCACUCAUUUGGUCUCAAGAUACAACCAACAUGUCACCUAAACCACCUAUUGAAUUAAACGUAGUUGAUCCUUUCUUUUCAGCGGCUGCUCUUCAUUUUGAAAACCUCUUUCAACGCUACGGCACACCCUGUAUUGUACUCAACCUGAUCAAACAAAAAGAAAAAACCAAGCGGGAAUCAAUCCUAGGCAAAGAAUUCGCUGAAUGUAUCUCGUAUCUCAACCAAUUCUUACCGAACGACAAACAGAUCAAGUACGUUGCUUGGGACAUGUCAAGAGCAUCCAAGAGCCAUGACCAAGACGUAAUUGGCUUUUUAGAGAAAAUAGCAGACGAUACCAUGGAAACCACAGGUUUUUUUCAGAGUGGGAUUGGCAUGGAUACACAACGACAGCAUGGUGUCUUGAGAACCAAUUGUAUUGACUGUCUUGAUCGCACCAAUGCGGCUCAGUUUCUUAUGGGAAAGUGUGCACUGGGCCAUCAGUUGUAUGUCUUGGGCGUGAUUGCUUCACCCAAGAUUGACUUUGACUCGGAUGCUGUCAAUAUCUUUACUGAAAUGUAUCAUGAUCAUGGUGAUACCAUUGCACUGCAAUAUGGUGGGUCACAUUUAGUGAAUACGAUGGAAACGUAUCGUAAAAUCAACCAAUGGACAAGUCAUCCUCGAGACAUGAUUGAAUCUAUCCGUCGUUUUUAUGCUAAUGCGUUCUCAGAUGCUGAUAAACAAGAUGCGAUUAAUCUCUUUCUUGGCAAUUUUGUUACCAAGGAUGGACAGCCCAUGUUAUGGGAAUUAAGCUCUGAUUACCAUUUGCAUAACCAACAUCCUUUAGAAAAAACAGUCAGAAGAGAUUAUCGUUAUUGGUAUAAAAAAAAAGUGCUUGAGGAUAAGCAAGAUGACCUCGAUCCAGAACGAUUUGCUAUUCCUAAACAAUUUCGUGUGCCUGCUGUCAAUCCAGAUGCCAGUGAUUUAUAUCAAGGCCAUUGGGUAGAAUACUAUAACCAUCAGCAAUUAACAAGUUUGGAUAGUCAUUUCACGUUUAAUAUGAAUGGCACAUUGAAAUACAGGCCAUUAAAGAUCUCUGCUCAUUCAAAAGAAAUCAAAGAAUUGACAAAAGCAGAAGCGUUGGACAUGAGUCCAUUUACGGUUCGAGCUUCCAAAAGUAGUUCAAACAACAAUUCAACACAAUCAAAAGAAAAGGUUGAACCUGAAAAUGCAGAAAAGACAAACAAUAUAGAAAAAAUACCUGCUUGGACGAUUGAAGGCAUUACACAGCAUAAUCUUGAGCCCAGUGUCACUUUGGCUGAACAUAAAGAAUACAAAAGGUAAUGCGUGCAUAUAUCAUGUUUAACUUAGACUCUUAGAUACACACAACAAUUUAAAAACAUUGAAAAGUUAAUGGUCACCCAUGGCGAUCGCUCUACUUACAACAGUGUUGAAAAUUUCCCUGAAUUUCAACAAUAUCAAAACUAUAUUCAUAAAAAUGUUUUGGAUGAACAUCCUCAAGCAAUCAAAACAACAAGUCUAGAUGAACAAGUCUAUCAUACGUAUGUUGAUAUUCCUCGUCGUGCUGCUUCUGUUCAAGUAAGCCGAGAAUGGAAUGGAAUGGCAAGAAAAAGAUACGAAGGAUAUGCUAAUUACCUUAAACAUGGCAAAUAUCCACUUCCUCAGCCAUUAUCACUUCAAAAACAAGCAUCUACAAUGACUGAUUAGGAAACAACAUUUGGGCUGAGAUUUAAUAAUAAAAAGAUAGUGCAACUUUUU